GAGAAACUGGACUUGGUAAAACAACUCUUAUGGAAACGCUCUUUAAUGAAUCUCUGGAUUUUGAGCAAUCCUCUCAUGACCUUACUGAUGUAAAGCUCAGAUCAAUAAGCGUUGGUAAAAAAUUUUUUUAUCCUUAUUACGAUUUAGAUUUGAAGGAAGGAAAUGUCAAUCUCAAAUUAAUUAUAACAGAGACAUCAGGAUUUGGAGAUCAGAUUAAUCGUGAAGAUAGUACUAAACCGGUACUUGAAUUUAUUGAUGAACAAUAUGAAAAAUAUCUCCAAGAAGAGCUCAAAAUUAAACGUAACGUCAGCAAUUUGCACGAUACUAGAAUUCAUGCUUGCCUUUAUUUUAUAUCUCCCACAGGCCACAGCCUAAAGUCACUCGAUUUGUUAUCCAUGAAACGAUUAGAAACUAAAGUUAAUAUUAUUCCAGUUAUUGCAAAAUCAGAUACAAUUACACGCUCUGAACUAAAAUUGUUUAAAGAACGGGUGAGUGAUUUUUAUUUUUACUCGCAGCUUAUGACCGAGAUACAUACAAACAAUAUUCACGUCUAUCAGUUUCCUACCGAUGAUGAGGCCGUAAGCGAAGUGAAUAAGCAUAUGAAUCGCUGCCCAGGAAUGCAGAAAUCAAAAGCAGUUAUUUGA